CCCCGCUGAACGGCUUGCCCACUUCACAGGGUGGGACUGCACAUUUCUAAAGAAUAGAUUUGAAUCAACAAUUCAUAGUGUAUUUGAGUCAACAAUCAAGCUAAAGAUGCAGUUCAUGCUGCUGUUCAGUCGGCAGGGGAAGCUGCGGCUGCAGAAGUGGUAUGUUCCCCUGUCAGACAAGGAGAGGAAGAAGAUCUCCAGGGACCUGGUCCAGACCAUUCUAGCCCGCAAGCCCAAGAUGUGCUCCUUCCUGGAAUGGAGGGACCUCAAGAUCGUCUACAAGAGAUACGCCAGCCUGUAUUUCUGCUGUGCAGUGGAGGACCAAGACAAUGAGCUCAUCACACUGGAGAUCAUCCACAGAUACGUAGAGCUGCUGGAUAAGUACUUUGGCAGUGUGUGUGAGCUGGACAUCAUCUUUAACUUUGAGAAGGCAUACUUCAUCCUGGAUGAGUUCUUGCUGGGAGGAGAGGCUCAGGAGACGUCCAAGAAGAACGUCCUGAAGGCUAUAGAGCAGGCCGACCUGCUGCAGGAGGAUGCCAAAGAAGCUGAAGCCCCACGGAGUGUCCUGGAGGAGAUCGGCCUGACAUAAACUCCCGCCCUCCAUCACUGCCCCAACCAUCUCCCUCUCUUUACUCUCUCUCUCUCUUCACAGGGCCCACACAUCUUUCUUUCUCUCUCUCCCCCUCUUGUUCUUGCUCUCUCUCUCCUUUAAUGUGUAGUGGUGUUGUCUUGUACUAAAACUCUAUGAUGUUGCUAAUAUUACUUGUGCCAACUGUCUGUUCCUUUUUUGUACCAUGCCUCGUCUACACCCGCUGUCACCUUUUUGAAACCCCUAUGGUAUAUGUAGCCAGUAGCCACAAACUACACCAAUAAUAACAUAUCUCACCCACCUUCCUUAAGUCAGUGUUUUGUUGUACAUGUCCAUGAUGGCCACUUUAACUUCAGUCUAGACAAUGGAAAACAAUUCAAAGUAUUUCAUAAAGAGUAAGAUAAACCCCAUGUUACUUGAAUGGGAUUUUCACAAGUAAAGUAAGCAAAGCGAUGUCAGUAUUUUUAAAGAAGUGUUACAGUUAAAAGUAUUCAUGUUCAUUCUUUCAUUGUUUGACCAAAGAACACUGUGUUAUAAUCAUUCUAUAGUUUUGAAGAUAAAUGGUGUUUAGGGAAAAAUAUGCGCUCUCUCUCAGGGUUGGGGUCAAUUCCAUUCCAUUUCAAUUCAGAAAGUAAAAUUGACCAUUUCAAUUUUUACUCACUGAAAAGCAUGGAAGGACAUUUGCAUUGGAAUAUCAGUGUAUUCCUGAAUUGAAAUGGAAUUGACCCCAGCCUUGUUCUGUGUAGCCCGAGUCCCAGAUCUUUGUGCUGUCUUGCUACGGCCUAUGUCGUUCCAUAUGUUCAGUUGGAAAGACCGCACAAACACAACUGGGACUCAGCCCACUCUGCAUGCUUUACAAAGGCAAGGGAAGACUAACACCAGUGCAAAUGAACAAGAAGGGAUUCUGUUACUAAUCAAACUUCUAUUCAUCACACAAUGCUUUAACUGUCAAUGAAAAUGCAUUUAGGGAACUUGUUUCGUAGCCUGGUUCUGAACUGAAUUGUUCUGUUCAUUAAGUGAAGCGAUCUUCAAACUGACCUAUUCAGUUUGGAUUCAGCCAGGCUACUUGUUAUGAGGAAGGUUGUGACAAUUGAAGCACAAAUCAUGAGGUACUCCCACUACAUCACUGCCUGUGCUUAGUGCACACAGACAUGACCAGUUGUUAUUGAACUGUUUACAAAAACCGUGGGUUAAGGAAGCCUAAACCUAUUGCAAUUUCCUGUCUACCGUACAUCAGACUGCUCAGGCAAUCCUUUACCAAUGACUAGAAUGGUGUCCUGUUAGGACAUUUUAAUGUUCUCUGUAUCUGUCAGCUUGUACUGUAUUUGCUCUUUAACUGUGGUUACAUCCAAAAUGGCACCCUAUUCCCUACAUAGUGCACUACUUUUGGCCAGAGCCUAUGAAGAAGUGCACUAUAUAGGGAAUAGGGCGCCAUGUCUUGCUCCUGUGUACCUUAUGAAUCAUCUCAUAGUAUUGCAUUUUUAUUUUUUAUUUUUAACACAGCCAACAUUGUCACUACUUUAGUUCUCUCAAACACCGCAAAUCAUUAACAAUAAAUGUCUCUGGCUUAUCAGAA